AGGGUAAGAGAAGAUAAUUAUGCGACUUAACAAACAUCAUUAGCUACUUAGCUAGCCAUCGUUUUUAAAUAUUUUACAAAAGUCAGAGAAUUUCAUUUCAAUAUGACCUUUCCUUGAUCUCAUGAUCACCCAAAAAAAAGAAAAAAAAAAAAAGCAAAAACAAAACUUGAAUCGUCAACCACAUCCAUCUCAAAUGGUAUAAAGUCGGCAAUAUAAAUAUGUGGUCAGAUGUAGCGGUCCAUUUUUCAUUAUUUUCAUUUUUAUCAUCAACCCCCUCAAAAACCUAAGCAAAUAUCACUUGUAACACAAGCUUAGUAAAAUAAAUCAAGGUCUAAAUAUACACACAUAUAUAUAUAUAUAUAGUUUUUUUUAUCAAUAUGGCUGAAGAAUAUUGUGGAGGAGCAAAUUGGUGGGAUUCUACAUCAACUAAUAGAAGUAGGUUCGACGGCGGUGGUGUUGGAGUUGGCGGUGGCGGCUCCUCCUCAACUUCCUCAACUACAACCCUCUCUAACAGUGGUGGCGGUGCUGGUUACGGGUGGUUGACCGAGGGGCCAACCGCGGUAGAUAAUAAGAUGGACGCUUCUUCACUUCAGCUCGUGGGUCUUGGUUUGUCUUCUCAAGCCAUGGUAGAGUGGAACCAGCAACAAACUGCAAUACUUAGGAGUCCUGAGAAAGCUGAGAAUAGCUUUAGGUCCAUGCUGCAAGAGGGCAUGGGUCUAAGCACAAACUUCCAGCAAGAUGCGAGCGGUGGUGGUGGUGGUGGUGGUGGUGGAGGAGGAGGAGGAGGGGUCAUGUUCGGUGGUAAUAAUUCGCCACAGCUUCACCAGUGGAGGCCGGAUAAACUGUUUCCGAGCAACGACGAUUCUAACUCGGAGUUUAAACAAUUAGGCCGCGGAUUUUCCUUAGAUAAUCAACCACAAUUUUCUCCUAGUGGUAGCUCAAUAGAAAGCACGGUGACUUGCCAAGGACUAACCGCGCCCUCAAGUUUUCAGUUGGAUUCAUCCUCCACAAGCUCGGUUUUCGGUAGCCCUUCCAGUAUCUUGCAGGGUCUUAUGGGAACAGAACAACAUAGCCAGCAACAACAUGCACAACAACAACAACAACAACAUGCACAACAACAACAACAACAACAACAACAACAACAACAACAACAACAACAACAACAACAACUUAAUUCAAGUAAUUACCAGCACAAUUAUUUUGGUAUGGGGGCUUCAAAUGAUCAUCACCAACAGUCACAAUUGCCGUCUCCUUGGGCGAAAGUGCCUCAAUUUCUUAGAGCUACUUCUCCUAAGCAGCAGCAGCAACAGCAACAGCCGCCGCAACAGCAACAAAACCAACUUCAUUUUAUCAACAACGCACCUUACUGGAGUGCUUCAGCUCCAUUAACUGAUGUUAGGCCCAACUUCUUUUCGUCGUUGCAAGGUGCCCAAUUGCCCAACAUGCCAACAUUCGAAGAGAAACCAAAGACUACAAUGGAGGUAAGAGAUACAAACUCAAUGGUGAAAAAGAAUGGUCCGGAGAAUAGUACUAAACGAACGAGGAACACCGAUGGUGCUUCGUCAACUUUACCACCAUUUAAGGUAAGAAAAGAGAAGAUGGGGGACAGAAUCACUGCGCUUCAACAAUUAGUUUCGCCUUUCGGAAAGACUGAUACUGCGUCUGUCCUCUCUGAGGCCAUUGAGUAUAUCAAGUUUCUCCAUGAACAAGUUUUAAGCAACCCAUACUUGAAAAGUGGAGGCUCCUACCAACAACAUCAACCGAGUAACGAAAAGGCGAAGAUUGAUUCAGACGGUCCGAAACAAGAUCUAAGGAGUCGAGGAUUAUGCUUGGUACCGGUUUCUAGCACGUUUCCUGUAACACAUGAGACCACGGUAGAUUUUUGGACACCUACGUUUGGAGGAACUUUUAGAUGAUAAUAAUAAUAAUAAUAAUAUUCAUAAGAAUUUAUUCUUGAUACGAUGGUGAUCGAAAAAAAAAGGGAAGUAUAUAUCUCUUAGACGGAAUCUCCCUAUACAAGUUGAAAGAUCGAGAUUAGUCGAUUGAUGAGAUCUAUCGAUCGAGGAAAGAAAAGGGAGAAAGAAAGAAAGAAAGAAAGAAAGAAAGAAAGAAAGAAAGAAAGAAGAUGGUGGAUUAGAUGACGUUAUGAGAAUGCAGCCAUAUGAUUUUAAGAGUGUAGUACUAGCAAGGACAUGGGAGCAAGAAAAGAAAAUGGAGGAAAAAGAAAUUGUGAAUAUGGGGAAAAGAAAGGGAAAGGAAUAUGGCUUUCAAUCCAAUUGAUAGACAAAAAGAAGAAUGCAUGGACCAGUUGAAUGAAUAACCAAGAGAUACAUUUUUUAAAACAAAAAAAUCAAAAAAAAAAAAAUCAGGGUUAUCUUGGGGGACCAUGGAGCAAGCUAGGGCUAAGAGAAAAAUACUUAUCAUCUUUGUAAUAAUUAAUUGCAUGAUUAUGAUUUAAUUAGUUUCAAAUUGUUUUAGCUAGAAUUAAGGUUGGUAAGAGUUUCACCAACAAGGAAUGUUAGAAAGUGAUAGGAGGCUCAAUUUAUAGGAUCGAGUAAAUUCAUCUACUAGCUUUGGAUGAAGAUAUUAGCACUCCAUAGACAUGUAGUUUCUCGAUCUUGAUCAUGUGAUUGAGAAGCAAUUAUUGAAAAUUAACUUAUAAGUCUUGGAGUGCUAAAAUCCUCAUGCAAUUUGUUUGUAUGGAAGGAAAUAUAAAGAAAACUCUUUUAUUUUUUUCCACAUACAUACUGGUACCAUUAGUUGUAAUGUCAUUAGCUAGCUUUUAGCUUUUUUCAAUUAUA